GAAUCUCGACGUUCACACAAAAGCCCCACAGCAGCUCAGCAGCCUCAGUUAGUUCUGCAGGAUCUUCGGUCUGUCUGCGCCGUCCCAGCCUCGCACUGAAAGGAGCCGCACACUUAAACAGGGGACAACAUGGGCGUUGAAGGCUGCACGAAAUGCAUAAAAUACAUGCUCUUCUUCUUUAACUUCAUCUUCUGGCUGGCCGGAUGUGUAAUCCUGGGGGUGUCUCUUUGGCUCCGUCAUGAUGAAAAGACCAGCAGUCUCUUGAACCUGAAGUUUGAAGGCGCAGAGGCACCCAGCACCUUCUAUAUCAGUGUCUACAUCCUGAUAGCAGUUGGUGCUGUAAUGAUGUUUGUUGGGUUCCUCGGUUGCUAUGGUGCCAUCCAGGAGUCUCAGUGCCUGCUCGGAACAUUCUUUGCUUGCCUGGUCAUCCUGUUCGCCUGUGAGGUUGCUGCUGGUAUCUGGGGAUUUAUCCACAAAGACAAGAUUUCUAAAGAAAUGAUCAACUUCUACGACUCUGUGUAUGACCGAGGUCUCAUAGAGACUGCCCAGGAUAAGCAGCAGGCUGCAGCUGCUGUGCUGAAGGUCUUCCAUGAAACUCUGCAGUGCUGUGGCAAGGGUGCAUUCACCGCAGCUAUGACUAGCUGGAUGACUAACCUAUGCCCUAAAAAGGGUUUGCUGGACAGUCAACCUAACUGUCACGACCAAAUCAAAACACUCUUCAAUGAAAAGAUCUACCUGAUUGGCAUCGCCGCCUUGGUUGUUGCUGUCAUCAUGAUCUUUGAGAUGAUCUUCAGCAUGGUGCUUUGCUGUGGAAUCCGAAACAGCCCUGUGUAUUGAGAGCACGUUGGACAGAAGGGGCUGUGGGGGUGUGGCGUCUGAAGACACCAGCCAAUGAAGUGAAGGGAAGCUAUACUCCUGAUUUAAUUUUGUAUCUUACCAUAAUUUUCCUAAUGUAGUCUGUUUGUCUUAUGGAACAAAUAUGAUUUUAUUUCCCUAGUGUGUUUUGUUGCUAUGAUACCAUGAUCCAGAUUAUGAAUGUCACCAUCUGCAGUUGUGUAGGCGGUGUUGUCUCAUUGCCAGCUACUUAAUGAUAACCUUGACCUUGUACACAAUGGCAGAUAGUGACAGUAAUUGCAUGUACACACACACACACGUGCACCCACACGCACACUAUUAUAAACUCAUUGGAUAUGUAAAUCCUAUCUGAUUUCUGUAGACUUCCUGUAUUAACAGUUAGGUGUAUUACUAUUACAAUUUCUUUUAUUCUUUUCAUAUGUAUAUGUAAAAAAACUGUAUAUAUUUGCAGCUCUAUAUGACUUUCCAGCAUGGAUAUUGUACUGAAGAGACCUUAUUUUCCAAAUGUACGCUUGUCUGUUUGAAGUCUAUCACUAAGAAAAAGUGUUAGCAAGAAAAAGAGAAAGAAGGUCAGAACGUGAAACAUACUGGAAAUGAAAAUGUCAUGCUUGUACCUUGGUGUUAACCUCAGUACUUAAUGCAGUGUGUAGCCUUGGCUUCCUCUGGGCCAUGUGAUAUGGGUCAGCCAACUGCCAGCCUCAUAGCCUUUGCAAGCAUGCCCAAGUUCUGAGAUCUUCACUAAUGAAUGAAGUCUGUUAGAUGAAAGGAAGUCUUUACAUGUCUUCUAAUGUUCCCUUACUGGUAUUUCCCUGCAUGCUCUUCACAGAGGGUGGUUGGAAACCUGCAGAAUCCCAUGCUUAGCUUUUCCCUGCCUUCUGAACGCAGGCCAUCCCCACACUCCGACUAACCCAAGCCAUAGCGAGGUCUUAUACACACCUCCCAGCCUUAUUGACCGAAUGUUCUAACCCAUAAAAAAAUCUAGACUGCAUAUUUAGAAUGCCCUGUUGAUUCCUAGGGGAAUCUCCUACUCGUAUAUCGUACACUAUCUUCUCUAGCCAUUCGCUGGAAUGCUAAGCUUUAGAAAAAAAAAGAAAAGUGAGGUUUUUUGUUUUGUUUUGUUUUUGUUUUUGUUUUUUUGUUUUUCUUCAAAAUCCUGAUAAUGAUGCCUCUUUGCCAAAUCUAAUGCUAGGAGUUGCUUGACAAUGUAAUGCCAUAGCUGUAAUGUGUCACGAAUCACUCUACUGAAUACUGUAAGGCUCUGAUGUGUGAGUGUGUGUAUGAUGUGUUGACAGAGUCCUUUGGAAAUGGUCUAGUUCAGUAGUCCCUAAAGCUCCUCCUGGAGAUCUGCUUUCCUGCAGAGUUUAGUACUAACCUGUAUCUAACAUGCUGCCCCUGCCUCAUACCUACACUGAUGCAUCUGAUCAAGCCAAUCAGGGACUUCUGAGGAGCUUAAUUAGCUGGGGCAAGUGUGGCAUAUUAUGGUUCGAACCACAGCACACAGGAAGGUAGGUGUCCAGGACAAGGGUUAGUGACCACUGCUGUAGUCCAUUCAGGAUCUGAGUCUGUCUUGAAUAGCUCCGACUCAAAACCUCACUGCCACUCCUGGUGGCAGCAGCCGCUGUAAUACCUCUGCUGUCCACUAGGUGUCACCCAAAUGACAUGUAUUGGCCUAGUUUCCCAAGAGCAUGAUGGCAGAAACACUAUAAAAGUAACUUUUGUUAACUGGUGUUUUAAACUCUUCGUUGUUUUUGGGAAACUCUUCCAGUAUCGCUUUGGGGAUAAUGCACCUAAAUGGUAUUCAAUAUUUGAUGAUCAUGCGCUCAGUUGACAAUUCAGUUGACUCCAUUUCACUUCAAUCCAACACAUACACAUGCACACACCACACAUGUUGUGUUUUCCUAAAUGCAAUCUGCAACCUCUGUCUUGUUAACACAUAAUGCCUAUGCUGAUAUGCUGAGAAGUGUCUUGUAAUAUGUACAGCUAUAUAUUAUUGUACUAAUGACUAUGUAAAGGCGAUGUAUGCCUUUUAUUGUGAUAUCUUUUUUUUCUGGUACUUUGUCAAAGUAAGAGAAAAGAUGAGCAGAGAUUUCAGUUAAAGUUUCAGUAUUUUUGGAUCCCCAAAAUGAAUUACAUGAACUGAAACUAUGGAUUUAUAAUGGUCUUUUGCAUUCACAGACCUUACAUUUCCAUUCAGCAGGAGCCAAACUGACAACUCUCACUCAAAUCUCUGCCCUGACUCACCAAUUAUAGUUUUUGGUUCAUUUUUGUUGCCCAAAUACUUAGGGAUUAAAUGUAUUUUACAAAUAA